CUUGCCAUUAUUAUACUUUUGGCGUGCCUAAAGCGAAGAAAACAUUUCAAACUUGAAUACUGCAAUGGAUAUCCUGGUCUCUUGACGUAAGUUUUAUUUUAAGGUGCUGAAAGAUACAGAAACAAUUAUACUAUCCCUGACAAUCCCUGAUGUUCUACGUAACAAAGUCUUUUAUGGAGAGGCUCUGCCCAGAGGUCCAACCCCAUUUUUGACAAAAGAUGUACCAUUAAUUUUUCCCCGUAACCUUCCUUUGAAAAAUGAUUCCACUUAGCGUACCUUAUACUUAACAAGAAAAAGAAGCAGAAGAAUGGGAAGUUUUCCUGUCAUUAUUCGUAUAAUGUUUAAUAAAUUAUAAUUAUGUAGCCGAAGGCGCGCAUGCACUGUCUUUUCGUGACAUUUUAAUCAAAUGACCUUAAGUAACAUACCUAAAUUAUUAGUAUAGGUAAUAGUAUGAUUUGUAGUGAUAUUUGGCAUAAAUAACACGAGUGAUAUUUCGAAAUUGUUAUACGUAAUUUCACGAGCCGUUAGGCGAGUGAAAUUUGAGACAAUUUUGAAAUAUCACGAGUGGUAUUCAUGCGAAAUAUCACGUAAAAAUCAUGCUAUUAUUUGUUUUUACUACUACCCUCAAAAGGUUUGUAAUUUUCACAUGUAGGUAUUUCAAAUUAAGCUGAAAUACCACUGCUCUUAGCCAAUCAAAUUGCAGUAAUUUUUCAUGUAGUAGUAUAAAUUUAUUAAUUUCCCCGCCCUUUCAUAUUCCUGAAGCCUGAAUUAGGUACCUCUUUCGUGAGGAGCCUUUAGAUCCUGGCUGUAUAGGCAGUUAUUGGGAGUGUCCCAUAAGGGUAUAAGUAAAAAAAAAAAACGUCUUUUUUGGGCCAUUAAGAUAAAGUAUCUAUAUACAAAAGUAUCUAUUAAUUAAGAGGGAAGGUUUUUUCCUCUUCAGGCCAGUCAACUUCUUACGCGGUAGACACAACCGGUUUACCAUUGCUACUACGUUUGGAGCUACUGCCGUUAAGUGUUUGGAACUUUUCUUCGAUGAAAAGGGUGGGAUAUUUAUCGUAGGAGGUCCUCCAUGGGUGAAGGGUAAGUACGGGACCUCAGUGCCUGACUCACAAAUCCGCAAUACCUAUUGCCAAUUAAUUACACUGGCAGCUCUCAUAAGCGGACUCCCACAGGAAGCGGAAAAUGCCGGUGAGCUGGCCGCUUACGGGAAUGCAAAAAUACAGACUUUUUAUGGGAGUUGAAAAAACGGGGUUUUGUAAAGGCGGCCCGUAAGUAGAGUUGUCAGUUUACAAGAGCGUCUGUUAGGAGAGCUUCCACUGUAGUCAAAUUCAUAAAUGUGCUGUUCGUGGGGUCUCGUUAUAGCUCAAGUCCAUACCAAUAGUUUAGUUUUUUAAAAAAAGAGGCUGACCAUAGAUCUAGAUCUAGAUUUUGACCAAGUUUUCCUUUUGCUUUCCUGAAACAUCUUUUUGUUAAAACAUGAAAAUUAUUGAAAAUUAGGGCUCACCGUACUCGCUAUUGCGGUUUAGUUACAGAAAAUGCGCACUAUCUGCAUUUCGUCCGAUUUUCGAACGAAGAUUGGGCCGAGUUUCAUAAUCGCAUGCGCUUGGAAAAAAUAAGUUAUGGAAGGGAUUGCGAGAUAUCGUGAUAAGGAGGCAAUGUGAUUGAAGACCGAUCUUAAAUGCCAGUUGUAGUGUUUCAGCUUAGUGCACUGAUCCAACGCUAGCGCUAGUGGGUAAGUUAAACUUAGCCUGUGCCAGGCUCUCGGUCAGAGUAGGUGAGCGAAAAAAGCGAACGAGAAGCGAAAGAAGCGCGCAAGCAGCGCAAAAGCGAGCGAACGGUUUUUCGCACUUUUUUUCCAUCCCUUUUCCCCACUAUCUUGAAGCGUGGAACAGGCUAAGUUAAACUCUGCAACACGCCUACUGUCUAACUUGCCAUCGAAAAUUUCAUUAACGCUUCUCUUCGAUAUGCGCAGAUUGCGAUUCGCAAUGAAAAACUACCGAAUCUCCUUAACCCUUCUUAUCAAUUCUUUUUCAAACAUGUACAGAUGAGGCGUGGCUCUAACGAAAACGGAGCCAGCCGACCACGACCUAGUCAACCUACAUUACAAAACACCCCGUAUUCUGCUUUUGUUGAGAACGCGGACACGGUCAAACAAAUGUCCUGGAGCGAGGGUGAAGACAAAGUAACAGUCCUUAGGGUGAUAAGAUCAAUCAUAAUACCGACUUAGUAGGGCCAUUUAUAUGAGGAAAAACAAGACGCACAUAAGACGCGAACUGUACCAUUUAUACAAGUACGUCUUAUCUAAGACGAAAACAGCUCGUAUAAAUGGUUCGCGUCUUAUUUCUGUCCUUGACUCGUUUUCCUGUGAAUAUUGCUCGUAGCAACGGCAAUCCAAGAUGGCACGUGUUUCAAAGUUACGGUGUCAUGUUGUGACUUGCCGCAGAGGCAAUAUUUUGAAGACCUUUUUAAUGAAAAGGGGGGAGUCUUCUCUUAUGACAAAAACCCUCAUUUGCCGCAGAAUUAUAAAAAAAACAAUGCUCUCUUUGUGUGUGUGUUUUAUGUGUAUAGUUCAGAAAAGACAAUUAGUUCAGUGACCACACAACAUUUCAAUAACAACUGCACGCCAAAAAAAACACACAAAAAAAAAGCAAAAAAACUGCCAGUAGCCUGCCAGUUCAACGCAAGGCAAGCGAAAAAUUUCCCACCAAAAAUUAACUCAUGCGCCUUAUGCGUUCGCGUCUUAGUUUUCCUCGUAUAAAUGGCUCUAAUGUUGUGUACAGUUUUUCAGGGCAUAGUAAGCAUCCUUGUGUAUGGAAUUUUGUUCUACCCACUGUUUGCUUGUAUGACAACCGACCACAGGCUGAUUGGGUCUCUUGUGGGAUUUCUAUACGUUACUGUAUGGUAAGUCUUUUGAUAAAUAGAAUCCUUCCACAGAUUUUCUUCAACUUUUGAUUUAGACCCGUUAGGAACAUACCGUAAAUGAUCAAUUAAGCGCCGCUCUCGAAUAAGCGCCGCGGCGCUAAUUUAUUUGCGUAUUUACAAAUUAACACCCCACCUUUGUUACGGCGCUUGAUAUAAAGAGAUAUCAAAACCGUAUCGCUUGAGAAAUAAUACCUCCACCAAUUCGUGAGUUCAAUUACUAAUGAAGGGAAACUCUUUAAACAGGGUUCACAUAACAGAUCGAGGUGUACACCCCGUACGCGCCUCACUAAAUUCUCUCUAUAUUCCCCUCAGUGUUUAACGCAUAGUUGAAAUAAGCGCCGCUCUCGUAUAAGCGCCGCACCUAUAACAGGGAAAAUGAAAGACGCGCCACAGCGCUUAAUCGACCAUUUACGGUAUAGUGCUUUUAAUCGUAAACGGUAUUCAAUAUUUUAAAAUGGUGAAUGCAAGAUGGCGGAUGGUUCCAGAUCCACCAUUAAUAACAAGAACGCGCUUACAGCGGCGGUCGGCCUCGCUUGCUUGGAGAUUAGAUCGAGAAAUGAAGAGGCGAUUAAUUCUAAACGAAACAGGAUUUAGUAUACUCGCUAAAGGUUUUUUACUUCCUACCAAUCGACGUCGAGACUUAUUAUUUGUUUCUGAAUUGAGUUAGAGAUACGUCUGCGAUCGCAGGCUAUACGCGUGUAUAGAUACACGAAAAUUCAAGGGUCUCGAUGCUAGAGAAAUUACAUCAUUGCCAGAGAUCAAAAAAAGUGAUUUCCAUGGCACGUCAUUUCAAUCAUCGACGAAAAUAAAUCGCAUGCUCAUCAACUGCAUACAAUGAACGUUUACAACACCCGACCAUCGCAGUUUUGCUAAUUAAGAUUCCUAUUUAUUUUUUCCGACCAAUCAGUAGUGUUAACUUGUUCUAAAGUAAUCAACGCUUUCAAGCGAUAGAAUUCGUGCACCGAGACGUUUCGGAAAAGCUCUAAAUCUAAUCUUUCCUAAGCUUUCUUCACCAAACAUGCGUGGCUUCGAUCACGCAACGAUUCUUAGUCCCAGUUUCCACGGUCUCCGCAAGGAACGCCUGGCACAUUUACCCCCCAUUUGUGUAUGAAAUACGACGAAAAACCUCGGGGGGUACUUCCAGAAAAAUUGGUGGGGGUAUGCGCACGCUUCCUGAAACCCUUACCCCAGCUGAGACCAAAAUCUGUGAUUUCCCCUACCCUAUUUCAGACCUGAAGCCCCGGAGCCCGGCGCGUGACUGGAGCGCCUGACAAGUUGUUACGCCACGUACACGGUUGGCGUAAACAUAAAAAAGGAAAUGGUCCUAUCGCCAAAUGAUGAAGAAGUAGCUUCUUCUAAAAAACAUACCCAAUUCAAGACUAGAGUGCACAAACCAAACCCUAUUUCAGACCAAAAUGGUCGAAAUUAAUACCCUAUAUCAAACCAAAAAUGCCAAAAAACGAAAAACCAUGCCCUUUGGCGCUGCGCUGCACGUACUUAUAUAGCCUAUAUGAGGGCGUACCCCCCGGGCGAAAAACGCGUUGCAGAUGAUGAGUCUCGCUGCUUACGCAAGCGAGACUGAUAAAGACAUCAUAGUGAUCACGAUCAUCAAUCAUUACAUCACUGCCGUUUUUAAAGUUUAUUCAUGUGUCAGCCAACUUCUCGAUUUUGUCAGACACCUUACUAUUUACGUAUUUUUUCACUUUUAGGGGAAAAAUAGAUGGAAUUUUGUAUUCUGCCAAUAAAUUCAACGAACUGACGUCAAAUUACGUCACUUUUUCAAUCAGUUUACGCCUAUUAUUAGAUUAUUCUGUGUAAAUUGGGUCACCGUAUCAUUAGAGGUUUUAAAGUUAUUGAGAAGUGCAGGAGGGACUCCUCGACGCCCCCUCGUCGCAGGAGGCAAAAAAAGCCGGUUCUCAUAGUGUUAAGACAAUAAUCUGAUCAUGAAUGAUGAAUGAUCACUCUUUUUUAUCAUUUAAUUCUCAAACAAUUUUUUAACAAUAAUUUUUUCCUUUAAACAGGUUGUCGUUUAGAGUUGCAAUUGAUUUCCAGUGCACCACCAGUUAUGGAGUAAGGAGUAAUUUUAUCAAUUUCCAAACUCUUCUCAAAGAGUAAUAUAUACCGCAGCUUACCAAAGAAGUGUGACGUGUAAAUACAGUUUUGUGAAAUUGUGGGAUUGGUUGGCAUAUGAAAAAAGAUUAAGUCAAAAAAUGCACCCUUGCCAAACAUCAGCCCGUCGCUGGUGCAAAUUGGUGGGGAGAUAUAAGCACUAUUAUGCACUGAUGACUUCAAUUACAAAUCUUCCUAAAAUUUGUUUGGAUCGCAACGUUAAAGAUCCUAGCCCCGUUUGUUAGGAGGCAAUAAUAAAUACCGAGUGGCACGAAAUUUUUGCUGGUUCAAAGUUUGGCGAUUUUUCCAGCGAUCUGCAAAAGUAAGUUCCCACAGUUAAAAAUUAUGGCAGACAUUUUUCCCUCAAGAAUUUACUCCAGAGUAAAUAUUUUCUAACUUAAAUUCGCUACACAAGGAAUUCGUGUCUGUUCAAUUACAACUUUUCUCUUUCGUUCAGAAACAUUCAAAACGCUAUAUAGUGAAAUACUGCAUGGUUUUACGCACUCCGUAGUGUUGUUUGUUGUUUGCAAUGCUGGGUUUGGGACUUGCUGAAAACCGCAAAAAUUUAUUCCCAACAAGAAAAACCAAUCUGUCCUAAUCGCCAAAAAUUAGUUCUCCCAAAACCCAAAAAAUCACCAAUCCGCAAAAUGAACUCCCGCAAAAGUUUCGUGCCACACGGUAUGUCGGUAUUACGAAAGCCAAUUUCGUGCCAGUGGACAGUGAUUUAUCCAGUGGAUAACGCUAUCAACCUUUUUAGCAACUAGGGCCAGGCCUAUUUUAAAUUAGAAGGAUUAAAAUGGAGUCAUCAGAUCAUGACGGUUCUUAUAUCUCCCUACAUUUAAGCAAAAAGAGGGUCAUUUUGUAACAAAAGAAUAUUUUUUCAUCUUUUUCUUUCUGGAUAUGCCAACCUAUGCCACAAUUUCACAAGUUUAGUUUUAGUGACAUCAUCACUUCUCCUCUCCGUUGUUUCACAGAGUAGUUCCAAUGAGUUGGUGACGCUUGCAAUUAUUGCGGGACUUCCAGUCUACCUUUGCCUCGUCUUUAUUGUGAUAAGGUUUGCUGUUCUGCUUUGCUUGGAGGUCCAAAGGAAAUGGUUUCAUUUCCCAAGGGAACUUGACAAGGUAGAUAAAAGACCCUUUCGUAAAACCUACAAAUAGUUAUUCAUAAACAUUUACGUCACGUGGUCUCUCAGACUGUAAACUGCCGAUGAAAUUCCCCCAUCCCCAGGGUACCCUCGAGAGUACACGGGACUAGGUUGAUGAAAGAAUUCAGCCGGUACAAAAAUGGUAUAAAUCGAACUUGGGCUCGUUUUAUUGUCAUAAACGCUAAUAAGAAAUCCACUUCCAACGCGACAUGACGAUCACUUUGAGCCAUACAGUGGCUUUUUUGAGGCCACCCCCCUCCCCCCCCCCUUAUCUCAGAGUCUGGAUGACCGCCCCAACCCCUCUCCCCCUUAUCUAAAGACCUGGAUCCGCCACUGGCCAUAUGUUGCAUUUAUCGCAUAAGAUUUCACUCGAGUCCUUCAAGGCGUCUUCGCUAUAUUAAAUGAACAAACUCGUUGGUUCGUCAAACGGAAACUCAGCUCUUUACCGCCCUAUGAAAGGGUUUCCGGAUUCCGGAAUCCUGGGCUUUGGGAUCCGGAAUUCAAUCUCGCCAACAGCUGGAAUCCAGAAUCCAAGCCGCUCUAACGACAAAGAAUCUGGAAACCAGUACCUGGAAUCCAAAAUCCACACCUUGUAUAAUUCUGAUGAUAUUUUGUUGGGAUAAUUUAUCUGAGGGAGCCCAAUCCUUAUAAGCCAGGUGGUGUCCCUUGGGUUAUUUUCUUGUUUUUGUGCAUCUUAUGGCAAAACGAUAAACUGAAACUGAAUCCAGAAUGCCAGAUGGUCAGCGACGAUUACUCCCCUAAGCAUAAGAAAACGUGAUAGUUUCCUCUCCCAUCAAUCCUCACGGCCGUCUUAAAAUAGCAGGUAUAAUAUUUUGAUUAACGUCCAUUUACAAUUAUUGUAUCAUUUAUAUUUAUUCCGUUAGACUAAUAGCACAAACCCCUUACGGUAUUAUUAGUCUAACAUGGGGGAAUAUUAGUUUUACGGACCUUGAUAAUUCCUGAAGUCACCUUCUAAAAGCAUUUGCCCGUGUUUCGUGGUUAUAAUAUUUAUAAAGAAAUUCAAACUAUAGAAUUUUUAUGGUAACUUUGCAUUACAUAUCUGUUAUGCGUUAGUUAAUUAACAUUUUUUUUAGAGAGCCAGAGGAAUAGCAGGUGACCCGGAAAUACUGCACGUGAGGAACUUAUUGAAUCCCGAGCCACUCGUGUAAGCAUGUUUAAAGCCACUGAUUGAAACUAGUAAUGUGUAUGAAAAUGUAAUCAAUAACAUUUAUUUUGCCCCAAAUAUUAAUAUUAUCUACGGAGGAUAUUCGUCCAUACCCUGUUAUUAUGAACUCCAGUCUUUUAUUAAAUGUACUCGCCACACAACAGUUGGCAAAUAUUUUCAUGAAGACGAUCAAAUAAGGUAUAAAAGUGUAAAUUUUGUCGAACUGUUGUUAUCAGGUUGUUGUUGUUGUUGUUGUUCUGAAGACUAGUCUAUAAAUUUGCUUUUCUAGUAUUUCGGAAGACGUGAAAUGGUACAUGAAGGCGAUUUACUUUUUCUACAAGCCGAGACCAGGUUUGCAAAGCUUUGUUUUUAAAAACGAGUAGGAUUGUUUUAUAAGUUUAAAAACACUUUAGUAAACAUAGGCGCCGUCCUCUUCGAGCAUAACAGAAUAGCACAAACUCAGAGGAAACAUGGGCCUCGCAAUUCUAAAGUAAUUCUAGAGUAGUAUCCUAUGCAAGAAAUUCAGCAGUGUCCGGAAUGAUAAGCAGACCUUGAAAUUCCUGUUUAAGCAAUUUACCGGUAUUCAUGUUCAAAGGCGCGCCACUUACGGGAGUUAAAGGGAUGUGAGAGAGUUAACUUCUCAAUGGAAGACAUACGAAAUGGGUACCUUUCUGCAAAAAAUGGUAUAUACAAGGGUAAAGGGCUGGACUCCAAGGGUUUGCCUCUCCGUAAAAAACCUGUGAGUACCCCCGGGGUCGAAAUUCCAUCCAUUUUCGAAGUCGGCCCCGUAUGUGAUCGUUAGGAUUGCUUUGAACGUUUUGUAUGGAUUUCUUAGAAGAUAUUUUGUUCUUUUCCACACGAAUUUAGACAUUUUUGAAACCGCAUAUUUUGUUACCCAGCUUCGUGUGCAACCUCGUCCCCAGGGCGCUUUUCCCUGGCUUUGGAGGUGGGGCGGGAAAAGGCCCUGGCAUCGGUCACCAAACACCCAGAAUUUGAGGGUGUACUUAAUUAGCGUACGAUCGCGUACGAUAAACAAAUGGCAGGUAGACCAGAGUUUUUAUCAGUGCUUCGCCGGGUUGGGUUUUCCCUUAGUAACGGUAACUUUCCAUCGCUUAAUUUUAAACCUCUUCGAGUAAAGUGUUUCGAAUCUAUCCUGAAAGGCCAGGUUGUUAUUGGAGUCAGUAGUUAGGGAAAUGGUUACCCUAGAGCACUUUUUUUGCUCUUUACCACCGUUUAUUUGUGUCAUUGAAAACCGUCAUGACUUUUCCUGUCAUUUUUUUCUAAUUAUCCCUGUUAUUAAAAAAAUUUAUGUUUAUCUAUGUCAUUAUAACCCGUCAUGACUUUUUCUGUCAUUUUUUUCUAUUUAUUCCUGUUAUUAAAAAAUAUUAUUUCAAAAAGUAUUAAUUUCACAAAUUAAAUAGUAUGCUAAAUAUCAUGAAAAUAAUCACGUUUUUUACAAGAAUAUUGAAAAAAUGCGCUAAAAUUUUUAAAUUAUGAUGAAAAAAUUAAUUAUAAGUUAAUCAUUUGUGUCUAAUAAUAAAACAUAAUGUUUAUCAAGGAUAUUCCAGUAUAUGCAAGGGAUUUUAAGAAUGAAUACCUUUUUAUAUUACGUAUUAAUAAUGAAUUAAAGUAUUUUCUUGAUAAUUUAAACGAUGUAAAUACUGGGUUAUUUGAUAAUCAUAGAGUUGAUAAAAUAAAAAAAUCUAUUGAAAGAUUUUUUAUAGAACAAAAUUUAAGUAAUUUUAAAGAUGUAAGUAAUUUUGAGAUUAAAAGUAGUGAUGUUAAAAACUUAAUUAAGAUUAAAAAAAUUUUUAAUAAUUUUAAAAAAACUAUUAAUAGUUAUCAUGGAGAUGAACAAAAUUUUAUUGUUCCCUAUCCUGGUUUCAAAAAUAUUUAUGAUCAUUUUGAAUUAUUUUGUAGUAAGUUUAAAAUAAAAUAUGAAGCUGAUGAUAGAUUUUGGGAUUAUAAUGCUGAUAGUGAUAGAGAUAGAGAUAGAUAUCGUUAUAGAUAUUGUUUUAGUGAUAGUGAUUAAUAUUUUUAAAUCUUAUAAAAUUUUUUUGUUAUAAGAUUAAAUACUUUAAUAUUUCUUUUGUUUUUGAAUAAAUAUGUUGUUGAUUUAAAUAAAAUUAGUACAAACAAAUAAAUGAAAAUGGAACCAAGAUCAAGAGAAACUACUCCUUCAAAGGAUGAUUUGGAUUUUAUAGUUGAUGAUGGUAAUAAACAUGAUGAGGAUCCAGAUUAUGUUCCGGAUAAAAAGUAUAUUGUUAGUGGAAAAGAGUUUAAAAAGUUAACCCGAAAUGCUAAAAAACUAGGUGCUGAAUCGCUUGAUUAUUCAACACGAAAAAAUAACAAAUACAUGGCUACACUUCCAAGUGGAAAAAAGUUCAUUUUGGGUCGUCAAAAUAUCCAGACUAUCUUACUUACAAAGACAAAGAUAGAAGAGAUAAAUAUCUUGCUCGAGCUACAAAGAUUAAGAAUAAACAAGGAGAAUUAACUCAUAAUAAUCCAGAAUCAGCUAACUAUUGGUCAACAAAACUUCUUUGGUAGUAAAUCAGCUUAAGAAUUUAAAUAUUUUUUAAAUAAAAAUGUUGCGGAAAAAAGUUUCAAUUGGUGGUAAGAAAUAUUAUAUUCAUCCUAUUUUUACUAAUUAUGCCGCUUCAAAAGAUGGUGAAAUUUUAAAUGUAAAAACUGGAAGAAUUUUAAAAAAAUUAAUGUCUGAUCAGGGAUACUAUAUGUUUAAAGUUAACGAUAAAAAUUUGAUUAAACCAAAAAGUUGCUAUAUACAUAGGUUUGAAUGGGAAUGUAUUAGAGGUGUUAUUCCAGAAGGAUUUGUCAUUGACCAUUGUGAUUCUGUUAAAACAGAUAAUAAAAUCGAAAAUUUACAAUUGCUGACUUUUAUAGAAAAUGUGCAAAAAGGUCGUAGAAAAGCAAUCACCUCAUUUAACAUUAAAAAUAACGAACAAAAAAAAUAUAAUAGUAUUGUUUCCGCUUCACUCGAUUUAAAUAUUUCCGUUACAAGCAUUUCUAAUAUUUGUCGAAAAGUAAAAUAUUAUAAAUCAGCGAUUUCCAAAAAAGAUGGGGGUAAAUACAGAUUCGAAUUUUUAGAAUAAAAAAAUUGUUUAAAGAUUAAAAUAAUUAUAAUUAAAAUGAUGUUAACAAGUUACGAAAAUCUUACCCAAGACAAUAUUAUCUUUAAAGAAGCCAAAGAAUUUAAAGUCAAAGAUAGCAAGAUCAAAUACAAGCGUAUCCCAAUUGAAAUCAAAUAUUCGAAUGGGAAGAAAGGACCGCUUGUAAUCGAAACCCCAUUUUUUUUAGCUUUGGUGUUAAUGAAAAGAAAAAUCAAGAAACAAAAAAGUUAGUAGGUUAAAGUAUUCCAGUAUGUCUUUGGGCUAAAGAUAGCGUACCAAAUAAUAAAGAAAAAGCAUUUUUGGAUGUUAUUAAUAACGUAACAACUCUAUCUCAACAACAUUUAGAGAGUGAAUACGGUGCGGAUUUAGCAUCAACUCUAACUUCUCCAUUAUAUUACAAACAGGAAGAAUAUACUGAUAAAAAAGGAAAGAAGAAAACAAGAAUAGAUUCCUCAUCCUCACCGGUUUUUUACGCAAAACUUAUUUACUCGGAAAAAUCAAAGAAAAUUUUAUCUUUGUUUAAGGGAAAGGGAGGUAAGGAUUUAAAUCCUUUUAAAUAUAUUGAUCAGUACUGUAAUGUUAAAUUGGCUCUAAUAAUUGAAGGAAUCUUCAUAAGUAAAACUGUAACAUCUUUACAAAUAAAAGUUCAUGAGUGUUAUGUUAAACCACUCAAACCUAGAGAGUCUUUACUAACAAUUGAAGAGGAAGAUGAAGAGCAAAGCGAUAUUGAAGAGAUAACUGAUCAAGUAGUCGAAGACUUAGUUAUCUCUGAUGAAGAAAACGAGUAAAUAAUAGGAUUUUAUUUUUAAUACGAAUUUCGUAUUAAAAAUCAACCAAAUCCUUAGAACUAACCCAUGAGUUAAAUUUAUCAGGAUAUCCACUCCAUUUUACUAAUGCCAUUUUUGUCUUAUUAUCUCGUCUGAUAAUCUUUUCUAUUCUAAAUGUUUGUUGUUUUGUUUUUUGUAAUUCUUGGUUGUAGAAAGAACCCUUAAUUUUUUCUCCCAUCAGAUCAACAAUGCUAUACGUAACAGGUUUUGUAGGUAAAACUUUAUCAAUUACGAAUAUUUCUUCUGUCCAGUUUGGUGUGUAGCCUUUAUCAAAUACCUUCCUCUUAUACUUAGGAAUUCUAACACGAUCACCAAUUGCAAACUUUGAUUUACCAGGUUUCAAGUAAAUAGAAUCACCAUACAAAUAAGACCAAACUUUAUUUUUAUUUUUAUUUUUACUUGCUUCAACAGGAGUCAUUUUUAUACUAGAAUGUCUCGCGUUAUUGUAAUCAUCAACUAGUUUAUCUAUCUUAUCCCAGUAAACAGUGUUGUUAUUCACAGUAAACAUCUUCCACAUUCUGUUUUUUAUUGUUUUAUUCCAUCUCUCAACAACACUAGAUUUCUCCUCGUUUUCAGUGUGAUACAGCUUGAUACCCUUUCUUUUCAGAAAAUCUUUAAAAUGUUUGCUUAUAAAUUCGGAACCUUUAUCAGUCCAUAACAUUUGAGGUCUACGUUUACUUUUGAAUAUGUCAUCGAAUGCUUUACCAACAGUUUCGGUUUUUUUAUCUUUCAACCCCCUAAUCCAACCAUAUUUGCUAAACACAUCAAUAACCAUCAGCAGAUAUUUAAUUCCUUUGUUCCACUUACUAAACUUUUGCAUUUCAACUAAAUCAGCAGCCCAAAUAUCAUCAAUCCCGUUUGAGACUACUGAUCUCUUUUGAAAGUUUCGUGUGAUUGGUUUGUGAAGUUCAUCGGCUAAUUGUUGAGACCAAUCACUACUCAACGCCGCUUUACGUUUUUUGUUCCCAUUCCAAGUUUUUGUUUAGUAUUAAUUAUUGUUCUAGCUAAAGUAUGCCCCCAUUGUCUUUCUUUCCAAGGAAUAGCAUCCAACGAUUUUACCAUCUUUUUAUCGGCUUUAUUUUUACACUUUCGGUCAUCACCACAAACACUAUAAUCAACAUCAUGUUGCAUGGCUACGGCAUCGGUUGGCCCGGUUGGUUGAUCGUAAAUUUCUAAUAUUUCUCCGGUUUUCGGAUCAUAUGUUACUUGGUUCUCAAGAUCAUUAUAAGGACCGGUAUAUUUAUGUCCUGGCAAGGUCCAUCCUCCUUUUGGUUUUGGUAAUUUACCAAUCUGAUUGUGAAUAUCUAUUCCUCUCCCAUCUAAUUCUGGUCUAUCAGUUUUAUAUGUUUUUUUGGUCUAACUUUGGUUGACAGUUCAUCCAUUGCUGUUCCAACAGAAUCUUGAAUAAAUGGGGUGAGUUUAUUAAUUCCAUAAUUUGAGGCCCUGCCAGGGUAAAUUCCGACAAGCGACAUGACCCAAAAAGUAGCGACAGAGCGUGAAAUGAAAUCGCGACAAGAGACAACCUCCCCGUGCCAAAUCGCGACAGUGACGGCAAAGUCGAGAAUAAGCGACAAAGAACGGUGGUUUGGCUAAUUUAUCACCAGUCUGAAUGCCAAGAAGAAGUAGUUUUCGUCAAUUUUCCUUGCGCUUCAGAGAACAUCUCUUGUCAGUGAGCUUCAUUGGACCCUCCUGUGAAUUGUGCUAAUUGUGAAUGGUCAUGAACAGGAGCCGAUUCCUGUCAUGUAUUGAUGUAUGGGUGUUCGAUACGUGGAAUGUAGACUGAGAAAUUUACAACGCAUCGCUAUCCCCCUUUUCUAAAAUUCCGACCAAGACAAAGAAUUAUCGUUCAAUUUCCGACAGCGACGUGAAGCAUUUAUAACACCGACACGAGACGUUUUAAAAUUUAGACGAACGACAUGGGAACCCCCUGGUAGGGCCUCUAAUUUAGAGCUUUCUUUUGAAGAUUUUUAUUUCUCAUUAAUUCACUUGCUCCAUAUCGCCCCAUUUCUACUGCUUUUUUACCCAUCCAAGGUAAACCGUAAUGAAGAAAUCCAUCAACUGCUGUACCAACAACAGUAUCAAAGACGCCCGCCUCUUCAGACGGGCUGAUUAGUUUUUUGACUUUCGUUUUGUCUUUUUUCCACUUCCAGUUUGAGAAACCGUCCCCAUUUUUACAUAUCUAACUUUUUUAUUUCCGCAAACUGCGCAUCUACAAAAGAAUUGAGUUCUACCUCUUUUAUCAUUUUGGUAACCACUUGGCUCUGUGCAAGGAGUUACUCUUUUAUCUACUAUACAAUAAGAUUCUUUCAUUUAAUAUAAUGUUUAGAUAAAAUACGUCUAAUAAGUAUGUCUACCAGAUCUAAUUUUGUAAAAAGUGAACUUCAAAAGAUAUAUAAUUUUUUCAACGUGAGUUAUGAAUAUGUAGAUCAAUCUAGAUUGGAAAACGAUACUAAAUUUAUAAAAGUGUUUGAGUUGCUUAUGGAAAUAAGUGAGAAAUCAAAUACGCUUAACAAAGUUGUAAAAGGAAACUAUCUAUUCAUAUAAUAAAUGGAAGCCAAAUUCUUUUCUGAGAUAGAAAAAAAGAUGGAUGUUAAAACACUAAAGGAUUUUGAGAAAGAAGUAAGGAGAAAAAUAAAUAAUGAGUUUGAUUCUCUUAGAAAGAAAAACGACGAUCUUUCUAGAGUGUUAAUGAAUGGUGAAUGUGAGAUGUGGAAAAAAAUCAGAAAUGAGGAGUAUUCUUGGUUGAAAAUAGAUAGUGAUAAAAAGAAGAAACUUUAUCGUCUUAUUGACAUUUACUCAAAAUUUGAUGAUAUAGUUGAUAUUGUUAAAGAUCUUAAUACAAAAGUUGAAAGAAUUAAAUCACUAAAAAAUGCGCCGGAUGAUGAUGAUGACGAAGAUUAAAAAAAUAAUAUUUAAUAAAUAUUGUUUUUAUCCUCCAAAGUAUGACUUUAUAAAAUCGCUGUUAUCAUUAUCAAAAUGAGGGUUAUGUAUUACAUCUAGAAUACUAUUACCUUGUUGUCGCUAGAUUAAAUAAUAUAAACACCAAUAACCACAGAGAACAGUACUGCGAUUUUGUAUUUCAUCUAUCGAGUAAACAAUACGUUUUCCAGAAGUAUUAAAAUACUCUAAUGCUUCGUUUGGCAUUAUCAAACCAAAAGGAUCGAAAUAUUCGACUACCGAAUCUAUAUUUCUAUAACAAACCCAGUGUGUUCCAGGACCUGUCAUAUCAUCUAGAUUAAUUAUUCCACAUUCUUUUUUGAUUUUGUUUGGUAGGCCAUCACGACUAUAUAUUCCUCUGAAAUUUUUAAUACCAAGUCUUUUUACUCAUUCCAUGAGGUCAAAGUUGGAUAAAGGUUUAAUUACAAAAUGGAGCCGAGAAUGGGAAUUGAGUUGAAUGGGCUGUUUUUUCCUAAUAGUAGUCCCUUGCCUUUGGAAUUUUUUUUUUUAACACCCAUUCCUAUAGGGUUUUCCCAUGUACCAAUAAAGGGUGGUGAGCGAUAAGGAUAACCCUCUCCAUGUGUGGGUGGAAUGUAAACGUUUGAUAUAUUAGAUAAUCCACUUCUAUCAACAUGAAGCCCCCCACCAAACAUCCUAGAUACUAAACUAAUUGCCAUUUGAAUACCAAUAGAAGCAAGAGUACCUAAAAAUCCUCCUUCUAUCUGUUUACGAGUUGGUUUAAUAACCAGUCGACCUCCUGUUUGAUAAGCUUUGUUAAUUUGGUUUAUUUGUGAUUUGGUAAAUUCUCUUACAAGAGGUGGUAGCAUUGGUAAAAACUCUGGGGGAAUUGUGAUUCCUUUUCCAAAUAUUUUAUUUAUUCCAAGUUCUCCAAGUACAGUAGCAGCACCGGUUGCUAAUGCGGGAACAGCUUUUGAAAUUCCUUUUAUUGCAUAUGGUAGUACUUUUGCUCCGAGAGAUGCGAGUGAUGAAAAUAAGUUUCCACCAUGUUUUACAGAAUUUCUAAUUUGAGUUUUACUUAUCUUUAUAUCUGAUCCGGUACCAUUUGCAAUAGAUUUUUUUAUUUUAUAAAUUUGUCUUUUUGUUAACAUUAACUCAUCAGAACCUUGAAGAUGAGAAUGUUUUAACCGAAGAGUUAGUGGUGAUUGAUUUAUUAUCGCAGAAGCCAGUUUUGACUUUUGUCCAUCUGUAAGUGUUACACCAUAUUCUAUAUAAGUAGUCAUUUUUUAUGAUAUUAAUUACAUAAAAUUUAAUCACAUCACUUAAUCUUUUCUUCUUUGGUUUUGGGUUUAUUGUAUUUUUCACUCGGUUGGUGGUUAAGAUUUUUUAAUUAGUUUGAAUGUUCUAGGUGUAUUAUAAUUAGAUUUUAUCUUCGAAUCUAAUUAUAGAAAAUUGCAUUAUCAUUAGAACCUUCUAGAAGGUUAUUGUUUUAUAUCACGAGAUUAUCAUGCGAUUUUUUUCAACCAAUCAAAUGAUUACACAAAAUUUUCUACAACUUGUAGAAAAUUCUGUGAAACUUUAACAACUUGUAGAAAAUUUUGAUUAUGUCUUACACUUUGAGACAGGGAUGUCUGAGAUUAAGCACGAAGCAAUAGUUUUCCAUCUUGUUGUGAUAUUUCUGCUACUCUUUCAUGUAAAACUAACGCGUAAAUAUUAUAAUCAGCGUUUGGAUUAGCUGUCAAUUCGUAAUGAAAUGCUAAUUUUGUAACACCGUCUUUGAUAUCCAUUUUUUGUUUUGUCAGGUCAAAAUAAACAAAAGGAAAUAAAGUUUCAAAAUUACUUCUAUUAAGUAAUGUUCCACCUUGAUAAUCAUUAUUCGCAUAAAUGUAUGACAUUACACUUCUAAAUACUCUUGUCAUAUCAGCAGAAGGUUUAAAGUGAAUAUCGGGGUAUUCGUUUCCAUUCGCAACUUCCAGGUAACAUCUUGAUAUAUUAGCAUUAUUUGGUAGAUCAAAAGUGUCGUAUAAAAAUGGAUUCUCCGUUUGAGAAUCAAUUCUUGCCGUAUCAAUUCCAAAAAUAAAUACAUGGCGUGGUUUUGAAAUAGCAUUUGUAAUUCUAAAAUGUCCUGUCUGUUGCUGUGUAUUAUUUGAUCUUUCAACUACUUCAUUCAAAUAUAUCCAUUUGUAAGGUUUAAGAUAAUUUUCCAUGUACAACUUUUGUCCUUCAGAAUUAAAAGUAAGUCUUGGAACAAAAAGUUGUACUCUUGUUAUAAUAACUCUACAAUUACCGGCGGCUUGAAAAAUUAAAUUCGAAUCUUUUUCAAUUUCAAUAUUUAGUUCGAUUUUUGUAUUAGGAAGUAGCUUGUCUUCCAAUGCUUCAAAGAAAGAAUAUCUAUUGAGAGGAAUUUCACAGUUUACUGUGGCUGAAGCUCCCAACAAAGCUUUUCUUGCGGCGAAACCUUUGCUAUAUUCUGCUCUUCUUUUAGCUAACUGAUUUGUGCCACUAACUUCAAAUUCUCUUUCCUCUGCUUCUCUUGACGUAUCAAGAAAAUAUAAUUCGUUUGAAGCGACACUCUGUGCGUAUGAAGGAUUAUAUUCGAGUAAAUUUUUAAUAUUUACAACAUGAUUCGCAUAAUUACAACUAUAAACUUCUCUUCCAUUUGCUAUUAUACUAAAUUUUUGUAUAAAGGAGUUACUACCAUUUACAAUUCCAUUAUGGUCAGCAACCGCGAUGUUUGCUCCGUUUGCUAGUUUAUUUACUUCAAAAUCCAUUGAUAAUCGUGCGUUAUACCAAUCAAAAGGGGUGGUUUCUCCUGUAUUAUCGGCGACAAAUCUAAGGCCUGUUUUAGUUUGGUGUGUGUUAUUCGCUGGGGCUGUAUCUAGAGCCUGUUCCAGGUCAUAAACAACAUCCUCAUAUCUUUCUAAAUAUUUUGGAUUUCUAAAUUACUUCAUUUUAUUUUAAUAAUUAUAUAAUUUUCUCUUACGUGUUGAACCUCCACUAAGAAUGGCAUUUACUCUUUGAUUUAUCUCUUUUUUACUUGGAAUUGUCUCUACAUUUUCAUUAAAAGUAACUUUUGGUUUAUUAUUACUUUUUGUUAACAAUUGAACUAUUUUAUCACCGGCCUUUUUACCAGCAUGUUCACCGGUUUUUGUUGCAGUUGUUGUCACCACUUUUUCAACGCCUUUUUUAGCAGCUUUUUUCAUCGUCUUUCCAAAUAUUUUUUUACCAACUGAUUUAAACACAUCCAUCAUUCCUUCACCAUAAAUAUGUUGUCUUGUAUACCUACCCAAUUCAGGGUCUAAUCUCAUUUUAAACUCUGAUUGUCGCAUCAUUUUAUAUUAAUAGUUAUAUAACUACGAAGUAUUACAUCGAGUGAAGUAUCAAAGUCAUAAACCAAUCAAUACCAUUAAAAUUUACAGGUCUUCCAAGUGAGUCUGUCACAUAGAUUCUCAUUUCAUCAAUGUGAAAUGAAGAGACAGGACAAUACAAUGGUCUUUUAGGUUCGAAAGUAAACGGAUAAGACCUUGUGAGAUUAUCAGUUGGUAUCACAGCAAUGGUAUUAGUAUUUAUUCCAUUUACAAUACUAUCAGUUAUCGCACUUGUGUUGAUAUUUAAUACGUCAAUCGAAUUUGUGAUAUUUGGUAGUUUUGAUCCAUACUCUGUUUUUGUAAUAAGUUUCUUUCCAAAUCCAAUUAGGUCUCCAAAUUCUGUUCCUCUCAAAUGAAGUUGAUGAUCACCAUCAAGUGAUAUGAGAACUCGAUAGGUAGAUAGUAUAAAAGUUAGAUUGAUUGAAUAAGUUUUCUUUCCACCCGAAUCUGUUGUGUGAUGAGACUUUUGAGACAUAUAUUGAUGAAUAUAAUCAUUGAUAUCAGAGUAGGAAUACAUUCCAUCUACAAACGUAAUUGUUUGCCAGUUGGUACCAUCGUGAGUGUAUUUGAUUUUAUUGUUUCCAUAAUCACUUCUAAUGUUGUACCAAGAGUAAGUCAUGGACAACCGGUCAAGAGCAAGUUGGUGUUUCUUUUCAGGGUCGAGUUUCAAAGAAGGAUUAAAUUUGAUAGUAAAAUCACCGGGUCUGCUUGUUCCUCUUUUUUCCCUAUUUAUUGAGGAAAUGUGAAUAGCUCGUUCUUCCAUUUUUUUUAUCUUAUUGGUAUAUAACUUUUUAGUAAAUCAUUCAGUUGUUUUUUUGAGAUUACUUUCAUUUGGUUGAGAAGAUGUGCUAUUUGAGAAAAUUCGGGUAUUACACCAUUAUUCCCAGCAAGAAUUGAACCACCAAGUAAUUCAAGUCUGUCUAGAAGUUGAUGUGGGUUGUUAAAGUAAAUCAUUCCAGAGCCAGCUUUUUCUUUAUAAUCCUUAAGAUUACUUAAAUUUUUUACAUAUAUGCUUAAUGUGUUAUAUUUUUUUAUAAAAUUUAUUGUGUUUUUAUGUGGUUUUUUACUUAUUGGUUUAGCUAAAGAAUAACCGCUUGAGUCAUGUGUAAGAAUAGCAGUAUUUUUUAUUGCUUUAUAUGUCUCUUCUAAAUCUUCGUUAACAUCUUCGAUUACUUUAUCAAUAGUAGAAAUAUCCUCUUCAAAAUACUCAGAAGGGAGUUUGUGGUAUUCAUUAACUUUGAGUAUAUCUUGUGCUUCUUUAUUCAUUAAAUUUCUAUUGAGGUCUUCAGGUGUAAAUUUUGCUAUCUUUGGUCCUUCCUCUGAUGUAGAGGGUAAAACUCCAUCAUCUUUUUUAGGCUCUUCAAUCGCCUCAAAACCAGGUAAUUGAGCCAAAUCCCACUUUUUUACUUCGUCAAGUUUAUCAAAUCCUUCAGUUAUAGCCAGCUUGUUUUGAUUAAGUCCUUGUGUAAUAGCAAGUUGAUUUUUUUUAAGUUGUGCUAUAGUUGCGUCUUGCUGCUCAUCAAUACUUUUUUUAAUGCUAUCGUGAGAUUUAAUAAGUGGUUUAAACGUCUCUUUAAAACCUUCCCGCAUAUCUUGUUUUUGCCAUUUUGUUGUUUUUAUAACAUCUCUCACCUGUCGAAUCAAAGCGUCGGCUUCGAUUUUAUUUCUUGCAAAAUUUUUGGCUUCUUCUAUAUCCAUUUUAUCUAUUAAAUAUAUAAAUGGAAAUUCCAAACUAUGAUAGUACCGAUGACAUUGAUAAAAAAUAUAAACAGUUAUUUCCUUUUAUGCCGGCGGAUACGUUUCGAAUGUUAAUCUGUGGAAACAGUGGAAGUGGUAAGACUAAUCUUUUGUACCACAUGUUAAUCAAACCACUGUUGUACUUCGAUGAGAUUUAUCUUUACGCGCGUAAUCUAGAACAGGAUAAGUAUCAAAAGUUAAUUCAAAAAAUGAGAGAACUGAGUUCUAAAGUUAGAUAUGAAAUACUUCAUGUGAGUAACGACGAAAUAACCCCGGUUACAGAAAUGGAUUACGAAGACAAUCAAAAACUUGUGAUAUUCGAUGACUAUGUAUGUGAUAAAAACCAGAGGCGACUUAUUGAUUAUUUCAUUCAAGGACGACAUAAGAAUUGCUCUGUAAUCUACCUCAGUCAGUCUUUUUACAAAACUCCAAAGGAUAUACGGCUAAAUUGUUCUCACUAUUGUCUGUAUGAAUUUCCAUCUUCAAGGGAAGCAAACAGAAUAUCAUCCGAAUUAGGAGUUGACAAAGAGAUAUAUAGGGCGGCAACAAAAAAACCCUUUUCAUUUUUAUACGUUGAUAAACCAAAAAAAUGUAUUGCAAAAAACUUUACUAGUAAUCUAAGCUAAUAAUAAAAAAUGGGAAUAUUUAAUGAACAAUCUUUUGAUCUUCCUUUUGCUAAAGGAAUACAGGGUGCUCCAGGAGUAGGAUUUAGUCUUACCGCAAAUGGAAAUUAUGAUAUGAAUCAAAAAAGACUUACAAAUGUUGGAGCACCUAUUUCUAAUAAUGAUUCCGCUACAAAAAGAUAUGUGGAUGAUAAUUCUGGUGGAUCAUCCACAACAUCACAAUUGGUAGUUAAUUCAAACAUUGAUAUGAAGGAUACAUACCGAAUUACAAAUCUUAGCACACCACUGGAUGGAAAAGAACCUCCUACAAAAGAUUACGUAGACAACACUUUUAUUGACAGAGAUGGUUCCUACCCAAUGAAAGGCAAUCUCAAUAUGGAUAAUAAUCAAAUGUUAAAUCUGCCAGCUCCAACGGGACCUAAACAACCAACACCAUUAGCUUUCUCAGAUAUGAAGUAUCUUCACGUUGCUGGAACAAAUAAAAUGACUAAUAAUCUAAACAUGGAUAAUAAAAAAAUAAUUAAACUUAUACCACCAACAUCAGACACUGAUGCGACAACCAAAAAGUAUGUGGAUGACUCAAUACCUGAUACUAGUUCUUUUAUAAAAAAGAUGGAAGUAUAACAAUGACUAAUAACCUAAAUCUUGGAAACAAAAAAAUAGUUGGUCUUGCAACUCCAACUUCAAAUACAGAUGCUGCAACCAAAAAGUAUGUGGAUGAUAAUAGAGGAAGUUCAGAUUUAAGUGGUUAUUUAAAAAAAGAUGGUUCCGUCGAUAUGACUGGAGACUUAGAUCUUAACUAUCAUAAAAUAACAAAUCUUAGUAAACCGUUACUAGAAGAUGAAGCAACAAAAAAAGAAUAUGUUGACAAUCUAGUUCAUCGUAAUGCAGUUCAACCAAGUCAUUACAACGACCAGUUUGCUUAUCUUAUGUCCAGCGCAUCUCAAUGGACUGAUGAAAUAGAUAAUAGAACUAGUUUUUUUAUAAGAAGGAUAGGUGAUUUAGCACCAAACAAAGGAAACUUUCAUAAUUAUAACCAUAAAGUUAUUUACAUGACUAUAAAUAAAAAUUUUCAAGGUGGAUACAAGUAUAAAAUGGGAAUUAAUUUUUACAAGUUGACUUCAUCUAUUCAUUAUACUUUGUGUCUGGAGUUACUCAACACUGAUUACACUCUGUGGAAUAAGUCACAAAUAAGUGUUGACAAAUUAAGUUCAAAAGGAUUAUUUAUUAGAAAUGUUAAUGUGAGAAAAUUUUCCCAUAAUUAUACUAAUUCAAGUGGACAAAAAAAAAUUAUGUAUUACCACAAAAUAAUAGUUAAUUUUUAUAAGGUGCCAUUUGGUAAUAAAUUCUUUCUUCACAUUUUGGUAAAUAUUCCUCAGGAAGGAGGAGCUGAUCUGCUUAUUUAUCCGAAACAGUUUUCAGGAGUUUACAUGAUUGCUUAUGGAAUUGUGGGUACAUUUAGCAAUAUCGACCCAGAUAAAGUUUACGACUAUCACACCGCAUUUGACAUCAAACCAACAGAAGUUGUGUACAAUGUUGGUAUAAAUGCAAAUCAAAAAGAAAUUAAAAAUAUCAAUCUUGACCGACAAAAUGAUAAUAGUGCUGCAACAGUUGCAUUAGUAAAAGAAUUAGCUCCUUUUACUAAAAAUGCUUUGUACAGAUUAUACUUAAGUGAGGUCUAUGACUUUGCUAAUGCGGAUAGUUAUGGAACAAAUAUAGGUUCAUCUGGAGUUAUUAUUAAUUCUGUAAAGCCUAAUAUUACACUACCAGCUAAUAAAGACCUAGAUGAAAUAAAAAAAGAUGGUUUAAAUGUUAAUGGUUACGAUGUUACUUUUUCUCCUACACAUUCUUCGAAAUCUACUUUAUGUAUUGUUUUUACUCAUUUUAGAAAUAGUAGUUUUACCCUAACUAAAUAUUUAUCAACAAACAAUAAUAUUUUAGUAAAAUUAAAUUAUGAUAAAACAAACAAUAAAGUAACUUUAACUAUCCAUAGAGCAACUCAAAAUUUUACCAUGCCAAGGAGUUUUGAUAAAAAAAGAAUUGUUUUAUGGCAAACAGAAAAUUUUGUUUCAAAUGUCACAAAAGUUAAAAUAAGUAACUACCGCGAAAUAAUAACUAUACCAGCUGUUCAUUAUAAUGUUAAUCAACGUUGGAAGUUUACAACUGAAGAUGGAGUGUUAAAUAAAUUAAUGUACUCUCAAAACUUUUACGACGACGACUCUGAGCAAUAUCACAAAGUAAUACUUCAAGAAAAGUUAAACGGAUCUUAUAUAAUAUAGAUAUAAAUGAGGGAUAUCUUUGAAUUUAACCAUAUAGAUAAAUCUCUGUCCGAAACAGACGUUAAAACCCUAAAAAACUUUUAUAGUCAUUACCAUAAGAAAUACUGGUGUUUUAAGAAAUCGUAUAAGAGUUAUAAAUUUCUUGAUGAUGCUUUUACAAUCUCUGGAAUAUGUUUGGUUGCAAUAGGAACUAUUUCUGGUGGAAUAACACUAAACCCUGUUGUUCUCGGAGUUGUAAAUGGUGCUGGAGUUAUUGUGGCAGGAAUUGGAAAGAAAAAUAAUUAUAAGAGAAAAAUUGAGAUGACAAGGAUUGCAUUCACUACUUAUGAAAAAGUACUUGUUGAACUGCGUGCAGCUCUUCGGGGAGAUGAAUUUAAUAAAGAAGAGUUUGUUGAUCGCAUGAAGUUGGUAGAUGAAAUGAUAAUCGAUCAAACACCUAUAGCAGAUAGAUUUUCUAGUAGGUAUAGCAAAAAGUUCGGACUAAGUAAUCAAUAGUAAGAUUUCAAUAUUAAAUUAAUAUUGAAAUCUAGCCGGUUUUGAGUGAUUUAUAACUAUCCCACCAAUUUUCAUAAUUAUCUAAAGUUUGUGGUGAAAUCUUAAGAUAAAUUAGUUUGUACUUUUCACAACCCAUCUCAGCCAAAAGUCUUUUGAUUAAAUAAAAAAUACUUCUAUCAUUCUCUUUCUACAGUAUUGCUUGUUUAGUAUUUCCAUGACGUAAUUGUCUAUUGUCAUUAACUUACUUAAAGUUCGUAUUUUUGUUCAUUGGUUAGAUUUAUUCUUUUAGAAACCUGAUUAACCUUUUUCUCAUAGUGGUACUUACGCUGAUAUACACUCUUUUUUCGAUAAUAUAAUCUAUCACAAUCUUUAAUAUCGUAAAAUCCUAAUACAUGUCCGUUUGCUACUCCACAUUAAUCACAAAUUUUAUAACCGUAAUCAAUGGUAAAAAAUUCUCUAUUUUCACAAUUACAACAUUUAGCUUUCACAUUCACUUCCUCUGGGGAAUUACUAGUAUAAUUAUGUAAUAUUUCAAAAUAUUUCUUUAUUUGAUCUUCCGUAUAUAUCAUUUAUUAUUCGUAUAUACCAUUUAUUAUUCGUAUAAUAUUAUCUUAAAGCUAUCGUUUUUAUUUUUCCUAAAAGUAUUUCACGCUUGUCAUCUUCAUUAGUUAGAGCUACUUUGUUAACUUCUUUCGAAUAUAUAUCUUGAUUUUCACUUCUCAUUAUCUUCAUUGUUCUCAUUUGUUUUUUACCCGAAAAUAAACAUUGAACAUAAUCAUCAAAAUCUAAUUUCUCUUUUACAACAUUUUUCUUUAUUCCUUUACAUUUACGCACCUCUUUAUCUUCUUCUAUUCUAAAACUGUAAAGUUUGGGCCGUAAUCCAACGAAACAAGUUAUUUGUUUUCCUGCUACUUCAUCUUUAAACAUCCCUAUUACUUUUUUGUUAACUCCUGUCAGUAUUCCAGAUGGAUGAUUGGGGGGGUAAUCAGAUGUGUCUAACUUGGUUUUUAUGUCAUGGGAUAUAUCUUUGUAAAAAUCAUCUGUUUGAAUGUGGUACAUUAAUGAGUCCGGAUCUGUAAACAAUAAUUCGGCUUUAUGCUUGUAUUUCUUUCUAAUGUAAUUAUAAUGAAAAUCAAACAUUAAAGUUUUUGACAAAUCUAGAAUUGCUUGACCAACAUAUACUGGUUUGUUAAAAAAGAUUUCGGUUUUUUUCAUAUGAACUGCGAUAAAAUUUUUAUCAAAUAUUGUUACCCUAUCAAAGUUUGGACGACUUGUUAGUUUGGCAGCUUUCAUACGAUUAUCAACAAGUUCUAUAUUUUGUCUUUUCCUUAUAUUUUCUAUUGUUUUUCCAAAUACUGAAUUAUUCAUUAGUUUGAAAAAGUCUUUCUCAAAACUGUUGGCUGCUGUUUUUCGAAGUUCCGUAUUCUUUCUUAUAUAUGGUUCCAUCCAAGGAGAUUGGUUAAAAGAUAUUCCUCUAUGAACCGCAGUUAUUCUCAUUCCCAUUUCAAGAUAUUGUCUAAGAUUUCGAUAAUGAACAACAUAGUUUUUUCUUGGUUUAAAAUGACAAAUUAGUUUUUCAACACCAUUAACAAUCAUCUUCUCUGGUGCUAGAGGAUAGUCAUUAUGCUCCUCCCAUAGGUUUGAAGGAUAUUCCAAAUCAACUUCAAAUAUAUAACCUUUUCUUCCACGAUUUAACACACUAUGAUUUGCUUUCUCUAAAAUUUCCAUUAAUGUCUCUUUUGUUAGUUUUCUCAUCCAUUUAAAUCCUUGUGUUGGAAGCGAUUGUGACAUUGCCCAACCAUAAAGAUUAUUCGCAUCUAAAUAUUGAAUAUAGGUGGACUCCUCAUCAGGAUUAUAACCUUUCAUAUAUUUGUUAUUCGCUUCCGCAUAUCUUUUUGUUAUGUGAGAUAUACCACCACGAAUACCUUUUUCAAUCAUCAUUAACAUAUCAUAAUCAUUUAGUAACUGUAAUUUCUGGCCCGUUUCUUUUAGACACGCAUCCCAAGAUAAACCAGGAGAAGUAUAAUAAUGUGCUGGAUCUAGCUUAUAAUGUUUAAGACAAGUUUUUCUAAAGUUUUCAAAUACGUCUGACAAAAGUAGGACAUCAGACUUUAGGUAAAGAUCGUGAUAAUCUCUUAAUGAUUUACAUUUGAAAGUAUUCCGUACAUUAAUAGCAUGUUGGUAAUCAUCAUCACUUAUUUCUUCGUCGUUUAGUUUCGAAUAAAAUUCUUCUUUUGGUGGUAAUUGUGUUUCGGAUAGUUUUUCAAGCGAUGAAACAUAAUCAUAAGGAUAAACUCCCUUACGAGAUAGUAAAUCUACAUUUUUCUUAAAUACUUGUUUUGUAUUAUGAAAAUCAUCUGGUUGUAAAUUUCCAACUAGAUUAGCAAGUGAUGUUUGAAGAAACUUAAACGAAUCUAUAAAACGUAUUUCAAAAUAUAAUGGAAUAGUCUCUCCAUUUCGUCUAGACCUAUACUCAUCAACUUUAAUCUUUUUAGAAAAGGAUAUGUAUUUUUCCUCCGUUGAAGGAAUACAAUUUAACUCACCUGGUAAACUUGCAAGUUGUUUUAUAAACAAAUGAGCAUCAUACCCUUGAAGAUUAUGAAAUAUAACUGGAAGAAUUAAUGGUUUCCUACACUUAAGAUUACAACUGUUAUGAGCAGCACCGCGGUACUGACCUGUAAAAUGACAAUGAUCUCUAACUUUGUCUUCCAAUAAUUCUUUAUUACAAAUAUGACAAAAUUCUGCCUUGUCAAAUGAUUUUUGUUCGUCUUGAGUUAGUCUAAGAGGUUUUGGUCUACGAUAAAAAUCGUUAUAUAUACCUCUAGUUGCUUCUGUAAGUUUUUCUACGAAUACUUUUGAUAUAUCUUCAUCUUCUUCUGUUUUCGAAUAAAUAAUUGGUUUUAUUUUUUUAUCAACCACUCCUUUAAUAUAAAUACAAAAUCCUGAUGGUAUGUGUUUUUGGUAAUUGUAAUUAUAAGAAUCUUUUGGAUUAGGACUGCAAGUAUUCAUUGGUUUGGUAAAGCAUUCAAAAUCCGCAUAAACUACAAAAGGAAUAGGAAGUUGUUUGUGAUAAUUUUGAAAUGUAACAUUGUGUUUGAUGCGGGCAUUUUUACAGAAACCGUCUCAUUAUUUGAACAAUAUAAGAUAUGUUUUUGUAAUAAUUCUUCUUUAGUGUAAUGAGUAAAACACUUCUUACAAUUAAAUAUCUUACCAUUCUUACUCGAAGUUUUUUGUGUCUUUAUCAAACGAUUAAAAUUUUUAAUUAGUGAAUAAUGACUAACACCGUCUUCUUCGUACAAAAACAAAUCAAUAGUACUAAAACAAUCUUUCUCUGCCAUUCUUAAAGGAUAAAAGUUAUUGUUUUCAUCAACUGAAAAAACAUUAAUUCCUUGAAGUUCUGGAUUAAGUUUUUCAAAUUUGGUAAUGUCUUUUAUUUUCAUAGGAAAAGUAAUUCCCUUAGUAUUAAGUGAAAACUCAUACUCUUUCAAACCUGUUAGUCUAUAUUCAUCUCUUUCUUUCGGAUGAAGAUAUCUAAGUAUACUCCAAAGAAAGCAUUUCUCAUCUUUGUUUUGUAUAUUAACAAUCGCCUUUUUAUUUGAUAUCCAAUCUGGGAGAGGAAUGUAAGACGACCCUUUUGUUGGAUUAUAUUCCACGGUAUGAAUGUCAAGUUUAUCAACUCUUUUAAAUCGCCAAUCACUUCCAUUAUUUUGAUACUCUUCAAAAUCUCCUUCAAUAGCUAAUAAAGAUUUUUUUAAUAAGUAGUCAACAUCUGUUGAUUUCAUAUUAUUUAAAUUACCCGAAGUAAAGUAAGAUUUAUCUUCUUCUAUUUUAUCAGAUUUUUCUUUUUUCAUGAGAGUAACCAAAUUCAUCCUAAAUUUUAUAUUUCGAUUAUUUAUGAAAAAAUCUCUUAAAGUUUUAUGUAUUCGCCCAAAAUACUCUUUUGGAUUAAGACCAGGUAUUCCUUGAAUAGUAUACUUAGUAGCAAAGUUCUCAAAAGCUGAUUUUUCUUUUUCAAGUCCUUGGUCAUAUUCUAAAAUAGUUUCUUUUUUAGGUUCUUGUUCAUGUUCUAAAAUAGCACGCUCAAGAGCUUUACGAAGAUAAGGAGGAGUAUCUUUGGGAAUCUUUCUAUUUCUUAUACAUUCCUCAAAAUAUUCAUCAAAUGAUUUUACCUUUUUCUUUUUAGAAAUAACCACCGUUUUGGUUGAAUGUUUAGGUUUGGGUUUAGGUUUUUUCAAUUCUUUUUUUAUAUCAGUACCUUGUCUUACUUUUUCUCUAGCUUGUGUCAAUUUUUUAUAUUGUUUAAUCAAUUUUCUUCUUUCUCUUCUUUCUUUAUAAUCUUUCUUAAGUUCUUCUUUUUCUUCUUUUAAUAUAUUUCUUAUUUCAUCCAAAGACAUAUUUUGAAAUUGUUUAUCUGUUAUAAAGGGUUGAGAACCCUGAAAACUAUUGGUUGUUUGGUUAGACAUGACUUCUUUUAAUAUAUUUUUAGACACUAAUGUUUAACUUAUAAUUAUUUUUCAUCAUAAUUUAAAAAUUUUAGCGCAUUUUUUCAAUAUUCUUGUAAAAAACGUGAUUAUUUUCAUUAUAUUUAGCAUACUAUUUAAUUUGUGAAAUUAAUACUUUUUGAAAUGAUAUUUUUUAAUAACAGGAAUAAAUAGAAAAAAUGACAGAAAAAGUCAUGACGGGUUAUAAUGACAUAGAUAAACAUAAAUUUUUUUAAUAACAGGGAUAAUUAGAAAAAAAUGACAGGAAAAGUCAUGACGGUGUUCAAUGACACAAAUAAACGGUGGUAAAGAGGGAAAAAGUGCUCUAGGGUAACCAUUUCCCUAACUACUGGAGUCUUACCGACUGGAUCUGGCUUGUCGAUGCUAUUUCACGGCUGUACCGUUCUCGCCACGAUAAAGGACUACUAAAGUUGCUCUCGUAAAAGCGACUAAGCACAAAGUGAAUGCGGCAACUGAUGGGUUCGCGUGGAAAACCGAAACCUUAAUAAUAGUAAGAGGAAGAAGAAGAAGAACUAUCCUUCUAUCCAGUAAUAGAUGUAGGCGCUUAACAAAGUGAAAAAAAUUAGAAUUAAAAUUGAUUAAAAUAAAUUUAAAUUUAAAUAAAACACAAAAUAAAAUCAAAUAAAUCUUCCUAAUGACUAAAAUAAAAGUUCUUAAAAAGGUAGGUUUUAAGUUUAUGCUUGAAAAGACUUAGAUUCUCGCAUGAGCGUGUGUUGUCAGGUAGUUUGUUCCAAAGUUCGGGGACUGAAACAGAGAAUGCUGUAGAUCCAUAGGUCUUAACGUUAAAGCUAACAGGAUUCAGACUGAGCGUAGAGGAUGACCGAAGCGAUCUAGAAUGUAAGUAGCGCGUGCUUAGGUCUUGACUGUAAGUUGGAGAUUGCUGAUGCAGAGCCUUGAAGGUAAGUAGUAGAAUCUGGAAUUUAAUUCGUUCAGAAACAGGUGGCCAGUGAUGAUCGAAGAGGAUGGGAGUGAUGCGAUCACACUUCCUAGAGCUUGUAAUCAGUCUGGCAGCUGCAUUCUGGACCGAUUGAAGCUUUUUGAUGACGUUUUUAGGGACAUUAUAUAGAAGAGAAUUGCAGUGAUCGAGUUUGGAAGUUACAAAGGGUGAAUAAGAAUCUCAGUAGUUUGCGUCGAUAAGUAUUUUCUUAUGUGGGAAAUGGUGCGAAGAUGAUAAAAGGCAGAUUUGCAAAUAUUGUUGACAUGGGAAAGCAUUGACAUGGUGGUAUCGAAGAUAGCGCUAAUAUUUCCUGUAUGUGAAGAGGGCUUGAUUAUGUCAGUUCCAAAGCGAAGUGGGGGUACAGAUUGUUGUGGAUUUUACUUUGAGAAUAAGUCGAGAAGCUCGGUCUUGUCUUUGUUUAGUUUUAGUCUGUUGAUGGACAAUCUUAGUGAUACUGUUGGUUAAUUACCCAUCGUUGUUUGUAGAGAAAGAAAUAUUGAAUUGAAUGUCAUCGGCGUAAAAGUGAAAUUGCAUUUCAUGGAAUCGCAGGAUGUCGGCCAGUGGUGCUGUGUAGAGUACAUACAUUAUCGGUCCAAGGACAGAACCUUGAGGUACACCGCACUUGAGCUCGCGAGUCUGUGAUCUACACCCUUCGAUUAACGUAAAUUGGGAACGAUUAGUAUGGUACGAGUGAAAUAUUUCAAGAGCUAUGCCAGAGAUAGAGUAUUUAGAGUGCAAUCUUGUAUGGAGCAUAUCGUGAUCCACAGUGUCGAAGGCAGCAGACAGGUCUAAAUUAAAGGAGAAGCAUGAGACAGUGACGUUUAUCAGUAGCAACCAAAAUGUCAUUAUGUACGCGCACAACGGCGGUUUCACAACUGUGGAAAAGUUUAUAGGUAGAUUGUAGAGGCUCAUUUAGCUGGUUAGCUUCUAAAUAUUUUUGAAGACUUACUGCGACGACCUGUUCAACAAUUUUUGAGAUCACCUUGAGGUUUGAAAUAGGUCUGUAGUUUGCAAGAACUUCAUGAUCUAAGAUGACUUUCUUAAGUAGUGGAGAUAGAACAGUAGUUUUCAAAGAAGACGGGAAAUGACCGGAUUCCAGUGACAAGUUGACAGUCUUCAGGAUAACUGGUAAAAGUAACUCGAAUUGCUACUGCAGUAGGGUGGCGGGAAGAGGAUCCAAAUUAAAAUACAGGAUUUCAUGAUGAUAUUGUUAGCAAUGUUCGACAGUUCUGUGUUAGAAAUUGGUGCAAAAUUUACAAGCUGACGGGUUAGUGAUGAAGUAUCUAGGGUUCUGAAGAAAUUAGGAAUUACAGGUGUAACAAGAUUACUUCUGAUAUUGACAAUUUUUCCCUCAAAAAAGUGGACGAAUUCAUUGGCGAGAUCAACUGCAGAAGAGCUGGUAGGGAAAAGUUUAUCUGCUUUCCUGUGAAGAAGACGAGUAAUUGUGCGAAACAGGGUUUUGCUGUCACUUUCAGCUGAAUAGAUUAGGCUAGAAUAGUAAUCCAUUUUUGAUUUGAAAACUAUGAUGGUGUCCUUUACAACAGUGCGUUGGUCGGUAUAAGAUUGCUAGUCAGAAGUGAGUCGCCAACGACACCAUCGCCUUUCAAGCCUACGACAGGUCACUUUCUGCUGCUUGAUUUCCUCACUGUACUGAGGGGCAAGAGGCCUAAUAGUGAUGCCUCUUUUUCGUAAAGGAGCAUUUUUAUCCAAAAUCGAAGAAAGAGCAGAAUCAUAUUGAUCACAGAGCUCUGGCAGGUCCAACGAAAGUGAGUUUUAUAUUGAAGAGUUAAUAUCAGUACAUUAACUGUCUCAAUCAAUUCUGCAUAGUUUACGAGUCAUGACAGUGAGUUUCGCGUUAGGUGGUUUCUUAAUAGCCAGGCUGCAGUGAACUGCAAAGUGAUCACAAAUGACAGAAGCGUGAACUGAUAAAUUUGAGACAGAUGUUUCACCUGAUCUUGUGAUAAUAAGAUCUGGAACAUUAUUGUUCUUGUGUUGGAGUACAAAGAUUGAAGAUAUCCAGAUGAAAACAAUUUAAGAGAUCCAGGAAUUGACUUGCGGUGCUGUCAGAUGGAUCAUUAACAUGAAUUUGAAAUCUCCAUUUUUAAAGAGUAAAUUUCCAGAAGAGCACACCAGGCGUUCCAGUAGCAUGGAAAAUUUAUCAAAAAAGCACCGCGUAAGACCAUUCUUCACAGAAAUAGGAGGAUGAUAAACAAUAAUAUACGUGUAAUACAGUUGUCAGAGUGAAGCAAGACAAGCAAUAAUUCUUUAAAUUCAAAUGAUUUGUAGGGAUCUGAGUUCAGUUGAACCUUGGUCUUGCCUGAUCACAACGUGGCAAUAACAAAACAGUCCAAACACUGUUAAGCUUGUUCAAAAGCUAUUACCAAGGAAGGGAAUACGCGCUCCAGUCAAAGGUCUCAUAUUAUCUUAAGUGAGAAAAACACUGCUGGAGUCUACUAAGUCACAAGGCAAUUCUCCGUAGCUGAUGAAGCUUCAGUUUAACUUGCACUUCAUUGCACCUGUGAAUCAAAAUCGGUGAUAAAUUUAACAUCCUGCAAAGAAAACUAACAAGCUGGGCCCAGCGUGAUACAACAUUGCACAAAACCAUUACAUUCACGGACUAAAGCGGAAAAUGGCUUAGUUAUUCAGAUCUAAAAGGCACUUUAGAGAAAAUUAGAACCCUUAUUCAACCGUAAUAAAAAAGCUUUACGCUUCAAAAGAGGUAAAAGAAAACGCUCUUGAAUCGGAGGGCAAAUCCUGCCGACCUGAAACAAAAACCACAGUUAAUCGAUGUGUGCCAUGACCUCUCAGAGUGAAACAAGCGGCUAAAAUUACAUUUGCUCAGUGAAAAAGUAGAACCUUCCAGAGCAUAAUCUACCCAGCAGAGAAAAAUACUUUUUGGAACAAGGAGCAUUUUGGCAUGAGAUAAAAGUCGUAUAGGCCUACCACCCCCUUUUAUUGCGGCUCAUCCACAUCGAAGCUUUCGGGUCGCAUAUCCUUUGAUAGACGCUUCGACGGUUGAUGCGAAGACAGUGAAACUUGACCGCAUCGCCUAACAGAAUAUUUGGAGUUUAGAUCAGACGGCGUAUUGUCUCCGAAUAAACCGAUUUAACUACGAAUGUAACACAACUCCUACAUAACACUGCUGACCUCGUAUCGUCUUCAGAAAUUUUUAUACCACAGGUAUAGUAGUAUAGUAGUGUAGUUUAUAAACUUUUGAAUACAGAUCUUUAGAUAAGCCGGCCUUGCUGAAUAUUCGAGGCACAUAGCGACUCUCAUGAGAACCACCACAUAGCCUGCAACCUGGAUUUCUUGCAGAAAUCGUUGUUGUAGUGGACAUACCUUCCGCCAUUUCGAUUUCGGUGUAAUGCAUAAAUUAUUUUCAUUUGGCCACUUUCUUUCUUUCUUGCGGACGGCGCCCAAAUUAAACCACUCUGGAGAGCAGUUUAAAAAAAGGUGCGGUUUCGGUGAGCGGAUUCACUGGUUUCGUGUAGACUGAAGGUUGAUUCGUGUGAAUAAUAUGAGGCUUUCAAAAUUUUCAGAUUCGUGUGGACGUGGCCUAAGACUUCGAACAUCCACUGCGUAACUUCAUUGCUGUAAUACUACACACUUAAUGUCAGAUCCCGAGGGAAACAGUUAAUUUUGUUUUCUGGAGAGUUCGUCUCGGGAAACAUCAGGACUCUUUCUCUUCUGGGAUAACUUUGAAAAUCGUUGCCUUUUAGCUUGACGCUUCAUAUUUAUAUUGUUGUGUUUAUUCACGAAAAAGAAAAGUGGAAGUGUGUUUCCUGCCUGUUUUUCCUGUCACGCCACUUUUCACCAUGCUUUGAUCACGUGUUGUAAUGUAUCCCGAGCGGGGUACAUUGCUUAGCCUGUGUGCAGACCCCCCCUCCCCUCAGGAAAAAUCGGAGAAGGGGCGUCUGUGAUUCACCGUUGUUAAUCGUGUAUGGAGGCCACGUGAUUUUUCCAGGAAUGUGUGGAAAAUGAUUUGCCGAUUGGCUGUUACUCGUACAUCACUACAUCAUGUAAAUGAGAGAUUUUGAUUGGCUUUAGGGCCCGUCGUCAAAACAUAGCAUGUAGCAUAGUAUGUAGCUAUUCAGAUCCAGGUAUUUCGGAGAAAAGAAAAGAAACUGAAAUCUUUAUUAAAAGGUUCUUUAGCCGUACUAAAAAGCUUUAGGCUUCAAAAGGGGUCAAAGAAAAACCGGUUUUAAUAUAAACGGCCUUGUCAAAAACACCUACAGAAACCACAGGAAAUAAUAACUCAAUAUGCAUGAGACAUACCAGCUUCAUGACCUCUAAAUGCAAGAAUCAAAGGCAAAAAUAAGAUUUGUUCAGUCAAAGUUUAUGGUACUCCAUGCACUACGAUGCUUAAUCUACGCGAUAGAAAGAAAAGCAGGAAAACCUCUGUUACUCAAGCAAACGCUAAGGUCUCGUUUCGCACUAUCACGAGCUUAUAAGUCGCGUCUGACCUGUCAACACUUUAUAUCAAACUAAUGACUUUCCGUAUCCACUGGGAAGUCUUGCAUAAGAUGAUGGAUCUUUUCCUUCAAUAAGGGUUUGUAAGAGCAUUUUUCUUGCUCGGUAUAGAGUAUAAAGUAAACCGAUUUUAAAAAUCUCUCAGUCUCUCAAUUGCUCGAUGGAAAUAAGUCCGUGGACCGACAUUUUGAGAACUGGAAUGACAUGAAACAUGAGCCACGGGGAUUUUGGUCGGCGGAAUCUAUUUUUUUUAAUUUAUGCAAAAUUAUUCCCAUACACGAUUAGCGACAGGGAAUCACCAGGUGAAUCACAUGCGCCCCUUCUCCGAUUUCUCCUAGGGGAAGUGGGGUCUACACACAGGCUAUACGUUGCUUAAUGUAUCACGAUCAGGAUACAUUUGACUUUAGUCAAGGCCAUGUGACCAAGAAUCAGCCAAUGGCUGUCCCUGUUUAGUUGAGUGAGUGAACGUCUAUGAAUAUAACAAUCCCUUUUGAUGUGUGCAGUAUUAAGUUGAUGUUACACGAGACGAUUCGAAAAGACGAUUUUUGGCACAACACAGCGCUCCAAUGUUGGAACAAUGUUACGUUGCAACCAUUCGCAACAAUAUUGCAACGCUGUGUUGCACUAAAAUUAGUCGUAUUGUGAAUCGUCUCGUGUAACAUCACCUUUAUAACCUUGUCUAACGACAUCUGAUCUUUCAGAUUUCAAAUUCUCAACCCAUUUUAUAUCUACUCUGCUGGUUGCUGGAAUAGUUGUUUUUGAGGUAUGCUUAAUUAUUUCGCAAAUUUGCGAAUAAUUUACUUAACUUACUGAAGUUUAUUGUAGGUAGACCCAAAUCAUUUAUUCGAGGUUAUCCUGGUUUCUGUAUUUCCGUCUUUGUGGUGUUUCUCAUUGAGAAUGGGGGGGGACGGGAAAGGGCGGGUGUGUAUGUGCAGACAUUUCCGUCAAUCUACUAUAUAUGGUUACUCAUAAGUUGAGAUUUAUCUCACACAAGGAAUAAUUAAUCUGGCAUUGUUAACGUUCUACUACACUGUUCUCAUCGACUUACUUUGUCAAGUAGAACUGAAAUUGUCUCUUUGCAGGUUUUGGUAAUAUGCAUUGGAGCUCUUGAUAUUUUCAAGAACGUCUUAACGCGUAUACGUAGCAGCGAUGACUAUUUGGAGUUAUGGGAUGUUGUUGUCGGUAGGUGUAAAAUAAUAGAAUAGGCAUUUGCAUUAUGGCAUCAUUUUACAAAAGAAGCCUCUACGUUUUCAUAUUUAAAUUUGGUAAUCCCAGCGAUGAUAUUAUGGACUCAAGUUUUGAGCGUGAAUAUAUUCCUUCUUGGCAUCUAUUAAGCAUUUUUCGCGUGUUUUUGCUUUCAAUUUAUUCAGUAAAUAAGCUGCCUAGCCGUUGUCUAGAUACUUUCAUUAUACAUAAUCGUUUAAACCUGAGCAACUGAUGAUGAGUAACUAAUCCAAGGAUCUCGUUUGUGUGGUUUUGAGUUUGGUUUGUGAUGGCAUGACAGUGAAAAUGAAAUAGCGUUAAUAUUGUAAUUGGACAUUUGACGUCAACCAUUCAAUUGCGUGGACGUAUUGAUUCCUCCUUACACUGGGGACGGCCGUUAUGGUGGCUCGAUGGGGUUUUUUGGGUCAAUACCUCCCGAGUUUGAGCCUAAACUACGUCACCAUGAACAAAGGUUUGGAAAAAUUACCACCACAGCUCUAUUAGAUAAAGAUGAAAAUUUGUUUUGUUUUUGGGUUGCAAUGACAUUGGGGUUCUCAUAGCAACGAAAUGACGCCAUUACUUAUUUUACUUCUCGUAUUCUCGUAUGUCUCGGCACUGGGAACUCUUCUUCCAAAAUCGUUCACGGAAGCUUUUUCCUCCAACUGCCUCCUCGACGUUUCUGAAGUUUAAGUGAAAUCUAUUGGAGCGUUAUCCAGAUAUUUUGGUAUGAAGUUUUUAUGGUUAGAAUAACGGUAAAAACUGGAUGUUCGGCUGUUAUUCUAACAGAACGAAGCGCUUUUAAACUGCAUUUUCACCUCAUAGUAGUUUUCCUCUUUUAAAAAACGCGUGUGAAAGAUCGUAGAGAAAGCUCUAGCCGAUUGCUAGAAACAAGGAUUUGAUUAGUAAGUAUCGAGGCGGUUUUUUACGAAAUUGGGUAUUGCUGUACAUUACUGAGGGAAAACGCGAAACGCUGCGCACAGCUGAGUCAAUCCUCAUACUACCCUACUCCUACUACCCUAGCACUCGCAUAUUUCUUCUUUUUUCUCACGACGUUUUUACAAGGCAGGUAGGGUUACCCUAGCGCUAGUGUAACCCUACUUAGCACUAGAGUUACCCUAGCAAUGAUGGUUACCUUACCUGCCUUGUAAACGCUCUGCUAGAGAUAACUCGCCUACUCGGGUCAACUUUCCUCCGUUAUGCGUGACCAGUAAUCGUGUCAAUUUGAACAAAAAAAAAUUGAACGGUAUUAUUCAAUUUCUGAGCUUAAUUAUAAACAUAUGGAAAAUAAAAAGUUAUUUUCUGUCAACGAAGAUAAUAUUUUCCCUUUUUUCGUGAGUUUAAGGUGUUUUCCAUCGAGGACUUCAAGAUUAUUUCAAAUCUUGGACCAUUUCAAAGAAUGUCACGCAUGACGAAACACGUCGGCAAAGCUGACACUUAAUUCUACAAGUUCUAAAAGUUAUUGCUUCUUAAAAGAAAAAAGCCUUUACUUAAGGCACUCGAGUUACAAAACUAAAGCCUCUCCAUACGUUCAAGUCACUAUUAUUACUUCGGCGGAGCGCAAGUAAAGGAUUCGCGACGUUCAGGAAUGUAUCAAAGUUGACUUUUUUUAACAAGAUUGGGCACGCAAAGUGUGUAGGUUUUCGGUUCUAUUCGGCUAUUUGACGAAGUGAGAGCCGAAUUAGUUCGAGAUAUCUCGAGAUCACUUCGAUUUCUUUGAUUUAUUCUUUAACUUUUUCGAGGAAGAAAUAAUUAUUAUUUUGGCUUUCCCGGGGUUUGAAACGACUCACCUGUGUGACCCGUCAGAUCAGAGGAGACUCUAAGUUGAGGGAUUAGCCGAUUGCGCUACUACGACCCAGGGUAGAAGUAGUUAUGAAAUGAUGCACUAGUUUCGGGACAAGAUUGGGCGUGCAAGUUCGUGACUUUUCGGCUUGUUUCGGCUAUUUGACGAAAUGAGACCGGACUACUUCGUGAUAUCUUGAGAACACUUCGAGUUUAGUCUUAAAUUUACUCGAGGAAUAAAUAAGGGGAUAUUACGUGGCCGCGCAGAGACACGAAAUUUCUCUUCGAGUGUUGAAAAGCAUUUCACGAGUGAGCCCUCCUUUCGAACUGUUUUCUGAUGAAUUUAAAGUCACAAAAUGCUGCACAAAGACAUUUUGUCUUUGUUGAGUGUGACGUAGUAAAAUUGCUUUGAAGCGUUGCGUGACUUUCUCGAACGUUCUCUACGUCUUUGGAUUGUUCUUGAUUAAUUAAGUAAUGAUCCCGUUAAGAUGGAUAACAAUUCCUUUUGUUAUGUGGCAACGGUGCUUUUCCCACUUAGGAAUGUUCUCAUUCUUACACAGAGAAUGCAUAAACCUACAUGAAGGCCGUUUACGCAAUAAAAUGCAUUUACACUCGACUUUGAAAGGGUGUUUUUUGUGUUAAAAGAUUUUGACCAAUCACAAGAGUUGAAAACAAUAACUAAGAAAAGUUUACAAUUUUACAUGUUCCCCACAUAGGAUUUCUUUGUUAUUCAAACUGAGACCAGAUUUUGUUUAUAUAGAAGAUGGUUGGAAAGUAAUGACGAACAUAUGUACUGCUUUAUGAAGUUUUGUUAACUUUUGCUGUUUAAGCCAAUCAGAAGUAAGUACAGACAAUAGAAAGUUAGUACCUUUUUUGCAUUCCAACAUGUUCGUUGCCGUUGUUGCUAUCGUUCUUAUCUGGACCGUUUCUUAAUUAGGGCAUGUUUACAUUUCAGCAUGAGUCAGCAGAUUUGCAUCAGUUACUGAAAUCAUAAAAUAUGUCGAAAGGCUAAUACUAUUCGCCUGUUUAGUAUUUUCUAGAACCUCAUCUUAAACGGUAUACAAGUUCCGAGCGAGUUCUUUUGAUAAUCUAAGUUUCUCCCCACGAGCUGGACUGCUGUGUUUAGUCAGGUGUGACGAAGGUAGAUUUUCAAGGUCUGUGUUUACAAGUUGGCGGGAGCCGUAAGAUAUCUGAAGUUCAAGUGAGAGUUUGUUAUUAUGGUGAGGCUGUUUAGUUUUACUUAAGUUCAGGUCAAGUUUGUGUUGGCGGAUGCUGUGUUUUAAAGCUUUGUAAAGGCUAUGUUCCUUUGGUAUUUAACUUCCUUGAGUUAAUCCGACUCCCUGCAUGCUCAUAGUCAGUGAAUAAUUAUCCUCAAAACAUUUGAACUCGUAACAUUGAGUUUUAGCCAAUUCCAUGCUCAACGUAAUUGACUCCUUACCCAUGCCUUACAUAUCUUUAAUCAGUACAGGAGACUGCUAUGCUGUUUUUGAAGCCUGAUGUGCCUAAGAAAAAUAGAGAAUUCUUUUUUCAUUGUUUGUUUUGUUAGACUUGUUAUUCACCGCCAGUAACCUCAUAUUUGACUUAGGUCUAAACGUCUAGACCCAAGUCCAAUUUAGAUUGAUUUGUAUGGAGUCGUAAGAGCAUAACUGAGCUAGUAUCUCAGGGACAAUUUUUCCCGAAAUGCUAGUUUUCGGCAGGUAGGCCUCUUGGAUGUUGCUCUUUUCAGAAUAUCCUGGCAAAUCCCAUAAUUUCACAAAUUAACACCAUACUCUUACCAAAUUUCAUUUCUUACUAUUCCUCCGCAUUUACAAUUAAUCAGUUCCAGAACCACAACGCCGAAGUGUACGCUCCGUAGCGUCUUGUUACUGUAAAAAGCCAGUCUGCAUGAGAUGUACAGUCACGUGAAAGUGUUGGACUUUAGUCAGUAAUCUAGUUAGCAGAAUGAUAAAAAUACCUCAUGCACACAAUUUGCACGUGAAGAUGUUGGACUUUGUCCAUUUUACAAUUCGAACGUACAAGGACGCAAACUGUUUACUAGAAAAUUUGCUUCAACGAUUUUAAGAAAUCACCUUGGCUUUCAAAUUAUGCUUCAUGCAACGUUAAGGUUGAUAGCCUAAUAGUCAGGUCUCUUAAAGGGGCUAUGUCAGCUGGUGAGCAUGCGCUCUGAGGUUAUGCAAAUUACUUUCAACUGUCAAAAUUCUAUUGUUUUUAACGCGUGACUUUCUCCAUAUUCUCUGUCACGUCCAAGGCUCCGAAUUUAGAGAGGUUAACAAGCGAAAUGGGUUUAGAUAAGGGAUAUUUCGAUAGAAUUUACGGAACGUUUCUUCUCUGGUUAUGCUAGAUCAAGAAUAAAAUUGUGACGACAAUUUUACUUGUAGUUUUGAAGUAAAAACGCAUGCCAUUCAUAAAAUAGUGCGCAAACAAAAAUUCAACAACAACAUAUUGUCUUAUUCAACAAAAUAAAUGGAAGUUGUAUUUUACAAACGAGCUACAAAAAACGCCAGACCGAAGAUAAAGACCAAGACUGUUUCAAAUCAUUAACAAUUUGACUUGUCUGUGGCUAGUGAUUUUAUAAUGUAGAUGCUGAUAGAACAAGAGACAUCAAGUCUUUGUUUUGAUCUUAGGGAAACACAUUAUCGCGCAAAAUUGUUCGAUCGUGCCGAAUCACUGCGACGUCGAGAAAAACAGAACCAAGCGUCAUUGGUAUACUACUCCACUAUAAGCAGUCCGUUGAUAAAAAGGGAAAGUAAACUCUGGUAUUUUCCAAAAAUAUGUUCGAACACAAACAGUUCAAAAACAUGGCAUUUACAGGAUCUAACUCGUACUAAGGUGCCUCUCUAAGUCCGUUGAGAACAAUCCGGACGAGCAAACGGUCAUGUUUAUCUUUGCCGUGAAUCCAGAUAAGUACAAGAAGGAAUCUAGUCGAAUUUUAUAAUGUUUCCUUCGCCAGGAGUUUAGUUUAGUCACGAAACUCAUGGCCUGAUGCUCAUGUAAUCGUUUACCAAAAACGGCCGCCGCCAACUCGAUAGCCGCUUCAUUAUAUGUCCGCAUAAUUUGAGCACAAGAAAAAUCCAAGAGCCAGCAACCUCUAAAAUAACUCAAUAGAAAGGUUCUGUGAACUAUAGGAAAGAUUCGAUCAAAGAUUCCAUCACUCAUUGUGGAGUAGCCGUCAUUAACUCUGCCAUUACAACGGCCGCUGAUAAGAGGACACAGUAAAUCCACGUAAAAACAUUCCAAAGGCAAAUAAUUUCAGAAUAACGCCAAAAAAUUAUUCUGUAAUCACCAUAGAACGAUUCUUAAUACAAAACUUCGCUAACUAUCGAACGAUGGCUGAGAUUUAGACAGAUAAAAACAGCCUUCCAAAAUCUCCGACAGAACUUGAAAAAGACGGGCCGACUUUUUCAAGUUUGUUUCGUUGGCUCGCGCAUACGUGUGGGGUGACAUAGCCCCUUUAAGGUCAGGAUCGUUACAGAGUUGACAAAAGCACCAAACUUUGCACAGCGAUAGGUUAUUGCAGUACCAUGAAUAUUAGAGGGGGUGCCCAAUGCAAAUAUGCCACUGAAGCGUGCUAAACAGGAUUUAAUUAUUGUAAAUUUCACCUGCUGGGGUCCCUAUGGUGUUUUGAUUGAAAAUUGUUAUUUAAUACCUUAGAUCACUCACAAUACUCUUCUCAUGUUGUAAACAACAAUUUCACUUGAACAUCUGGCAUUCCCAUCCAUUAUUAGCUUAUUGAUUGUACAAUUAAGUUGAUUAUUAAUGUGCCCUUACAGCAAGUCCACAGUCCGCCCACAUUUUCAUAAGUCAUUUCUAAGAUGGCCUCGUCUUUGGUUCAUAACUCGCAAGUACUCAGCUUCUGGGGUUCUCUUCUCCUUUUCUAAUGUAUUUCAAUUAGAGGAGGCCUUAUUGUGUGGCUUAAGCCUUAUUUAUCAAGUAUCACUUGGCAUUACAUGUCACUUUAAGCUAAAGAAAGCGUAUGGCAUAGCGAUUCACACAUAAAAUUUCAGGAAAAAAGAAAUUGUCAAAGAGUCUGUUGUAUCACAUAUUAUCAGGGAUUUACGACAGCUGUUCAUGAAGAGCAAAUAACGAAAUGACAGAACCCAGAAUAGUUCUUUCGUAAGGAGGUAAUUAAUUUUUCAGCUAAACAUAGGCGUGGAUGCCUUUCAAUCUCUCUUUAUCUGCUGGACGCACGUGCAUGUUUUGACAGAGAAGACAGCAUCGUGGCACAAGUACAUAUCAUUUACAAUUCCCGCAGUUUGUCUAAGCUUUGCAAAGCAAAAACUAACAACAAAAAAAUCUGGUCUCAAAAACGAAAAAAAGAAACAAGUUAGCCCAAGCUUCACAAAACAGCACGGUUCAUCAUGAAGCCUCUACAUUUGGCACUGAGGCACUCAGUGUCCAAAAAUAUUAACAGCUUAUCAAGUCUUAAAAGUGAAACUCAAGUGGUACAAGAUUGACUCAAAUGAUAAAUGGUGAAUGGUUUAACUCCUAAAACUGUAGAGAGGGGGCCGGACUAACUUUUAGUGCCUUGUAUUUCAGUUGUAAGUUUUUUUCUGACUGACCUUUUCAUUCUUGAUUUAAUUGUAUUGUAAUUAUUUUAGUUAAAGCGUUCUUCUAUUCCUGUAAAUUGUUCACGUCUUUUUUUUUUUUGCUGACCUUAGGCCAUUUAAGCCCCCGGCUUUGGCUGUUCUUGUGUAUUUUUUCUUCCAGUGUGUGAUAUGUAUUCAUAAAGUAAGUUAAGUUAGGUUUACAUGGAGGAGGGAGACCCCAGGUAGUCAUGGUAACUAACUUAGGUGGGGUAUUAACCCGCAUGUCCAUAUAAUCUCUCAUUUUAAUUUGAUCACGUUUACAUGAUAGGUGGGGUGACCCUUCAAGCUGGGUAGCCCGGUCUGCCAGACCGGUUAACCCUCUCAGCUGAGGUCAAAUUUUGCCAUGUCAACGUUGCAAGGUGAGGUAACCCAGGCUAGUCGGGGUCGGAUUCGUGAUACAUCAAAUUCACGCAAAAUUCACUUUGGCACCGGGUGGCUCUACAUAGUUAUUAAAGGCAACGAUAGAAAGCCACAACACUGAAGCUUGCAGCCACAGCAGCAAGUGAGCGUAGACGUGGUUUGCUAGCAUUUUUCUUGUUUACGAGCUUAGCGACCAUUCAAUAAUCUUGAGAAAGUGCACCCCAGGAUGGCGAGGUUGUAAGAUUGCAUGUAAAGGAGGGUUAUUUUUUUUACCCCACCUAAGCAGGUUACCUCACCUACCCGGGGUCCCCAACCUUUAUGUUAACAGGCCCUAAGUCUCAAGAACCGUGAAACUGGUAAUAAACAGUAUACCUAACCCGGGACUAGUUGUGAUACUACUUCCAUCUUCAAAACCGUCAGCAUAGGAGCAAAAGGAGCCAUUAAAUCGGUGUAACACGAAUAUUAGAUUGCGGUUGUUUCAUGCGUCUCGUUUUGUAACUUUUUUGUGUUCGUUUUUGUCACCAUCUCUAAAUUUCAAUCAUGUUCAAAACACCCCUACUAACAAAACAUUUCGUAAAGCUCUUUAGAAUGAUAUUCAGCAAUAAAAAUAAGGUGUGACCAGGAGCGGAUUUCUAGGCUCCUAGUGUGGCAACAUAGGCAUAAGUGAAUGCAAAGUGCGGUAUGUAAUCUGUCAGAAAUCUGUUUGAGUGGUCAAAGUUGGGGCUGAUGGGCUUUUUUAUCUUGACCACUCCAUUAUUAUAAGAGACCAGGCCAUAGUUAUUGUUGACCCUUGCUUUUUUCGGUAUUUUCUGUAAUUUUCCACAGCAUUAUUUUGUGAAAAGUAGGUAACUGAAUUGCUCUUGAGGAAUUCAUGAUCGGAUCGUAAGAUUUCGUAACCACGGGGUAUUCGCCUAAUUCCAUCAAACAAAUUACAUUCACUUUCAUAAAUGAUACAUCACUGGUUGGCUAAAAGAGGCCUUGUUCCUGUAACUUUCAGCUCUUCUGAAGUUAGUUUGUUUGUAAACUGUAACGCAAGCGACGACCUUCCGUUUUUUGAAAGAUCGUAUAGACCUACCAUUAACACUCUGGUGCGAGGGCUCUGAAGUGAAUGAGCUCCUUACCGGUGUCUAGGCAUGCAGGGACCUCAUACACUUCUUUUUAAAUGCAAAUGUGUAAAAAAUAAAGAGUGUUAAAAAUUGCUGGAAAGGUAUGUUUUACAACCUCGCCCCCAGGGCUUUAUAAAAAGGCAGAAAAAAGGUAAAGCGACCAUUAAUGCUCCGUUUUAAGGGUAUUUAAAGCUAGUCAAUUGCAAAGCUACACAAAAAGGAGAGAAGCUGAAAUAAGGAUGUGUUGACACCGGGGAUCGAACUCGGGACCUCGCGCACUGAAGGCUGCGCACUAACCAACUGUGCCACCUUUGCUCCUCCUUUUCCCCCUAAGGACGAGGUUGACAUGUUUUAAUCAUUAUCUCAAGGACAGGGUUACCAACGAAGCAAAUUAUAAUCUAAUCUUAGCUGCACAAUUACAACGUGGGCGCGUUGUCAGUUGGGGUUCAUGAGGUCGGUCAUGUGGCAUGUCAAAAUUUAACGAUUCCAUCGUUUAGGAUGUGAUACAUUUGGGUUUUUUGUUAUUGUAUGACAUCUUUGAAAGCUGGCUUUGUGAUCUGUUUAAAUUGAUAUGUAAUGAUAUUAUCACUGGCAAGUCUUAGCAGUGACACUGAUAGCUGUAUAGUGAACAUGGCCACACUUACUGAGUGGAGACUAGGCACUAGUCAGUAUUAUGUACAUGUAAAACUAUUUUGAAUAGUGUAACAACAACUAAACAUUAGGGAACUUAAGAACCACGACGAAGUUCACGACAACGACGUCUGUUGACUGGGAAAGGACUGGAACGAAAGCGUCAGUUUCGGUGGGAAAAAGGAAACUUAAGAUGCAGUCGGUCGGUCGGUAGGUCGACGACGACGACACUGAA